GACCAAUCACAGUGCACGGAAACCCGUAUUUUCGGUGAAUGGCAGUGAAAAAGCCAACUAGUAGGCGAAGUACCGUACAAACACGCAGCUCGAAUAUACAAAAAAAAACAGACCAUUUACACAGUGCCAGCAGAAACAAAUUGUUUUUUUUUGCUCCGUUACGGCCGCACUUUGAAAUCAAUUGUUAACGCAAAUUUUUAAAGAACAAAAAGAACGCACACAGUUUUCGAGACAAAAGUCUUAUUAAAUAGGAAAUUUUAGAAUUUUAUUUGCAAGGAACGGAAAUUAAACAUAAGCCGCCAAGAUGUCUGAACGCAAAGCCGUCAUUAAAAAUGCUGACAUGAGCGAAGAGAUGCAACAGGACGCAGUGGACUGUGCAACACAAGCCCUCGAGAAGUACAAUAUCGAAAAGGAUAUUGCAGCCUACAUUAAGAAAGAAUUCGACAAAAAAUACAACCCGACUUGGCAUUGUAUAGUUGGCAGAAACUUCGGUUCGUAUGUAACACACGAGACGCGUCACUUCAUUUACUUCUAUUUGGGUCAAGUGGCUAUUUUGUUAUUCAAAAGCGGCUAAACCAUUCGAUAAAAUAGAAAAGCAACAAAAAAAACAAACACAAAUCAGAAACAAUGUUACGUUAUUGCAAUAACGUUAUUGAACAAUAUGUGAAUGAAAGUAAAUCAGCCAUCCAACAAAAAUUGUUGAUAUAAAGAAGAAAAAAACAAAGUAAAACCAACAUAAAUAUCUAAUACUUAAUUAAUAAAAUUAAACACCGUUUUUUUGCUCUGAUCAUACACAUUAUUCUCUUGGUUUGGGACCGAUUUAAUAUGGAAUUCUGUUGAAUUUAAAACAAAACUUAUAUUUAAACGAUGUACGUACACUUAGCCAAACUCAUACACAGAUCGUCUUUCCCAUCGAUCAUCUUUCUUUUAUGUUUGUGUUGAAGUGAGAAGAAAAAAAACGACGCGACCAGCAUUUCUUGAAUCAAACUUGAAAUGUCAAUGGUGGAGCAAGUGUCGAUGAAACUGAUUUGACCAUGUUUUCCUCUUUUAGACGAGGUUUGUUUUUAGUUUAUCUUUAUUUUUUAUCUGUUUGUUUGUUGAAAUAAUGAGAAAAUGAAAGAAAAAAAAAAUCAAAAAUAUUCUAUUUAAAAAAAACCUUUUUGCGGAUUGCUCAUGAUCCCACAUUAUUGCGAUAUAAGAAACAAUCUAUAUAUGUCAAUUAUUUGCAAUUAAAAGUGAUGAAUAUCCACUUUGGCUUUGAAUUGGCAAUGUGAUUAGUUGUGUGUACACUUCACAAAACCCAUCACUUUUUAUGGUCCAUUUUUUUCUAUAGCGAAAAUCGUCAAAUCAAAUACAUGAACAAAAUGUUAAGAACAAAUGAAACGGGAGAAAAAUACUGGGAUUAUAGAAAGAUAGACACGGUGAAGCCCGUCAUAAGACUAAAAUAUGCAAAAGUGAAACAUGUUCUAUGCUGUCCAUGUAAAUUCAUGUUUCCCUUCUGCGUAUUCGGAAAUUCCGAAUCGGAAUUCAUGUUUCAAUUUCGCGUACUUUUCUUUACGUUACGUCUUAGCAUAUCUAUCCAUACAAUCCCAGUAUUUUUCCUAUACCUACUCAAAUGUUGAGCAUUUAUUACGGAUAUUCUCCACGAGCAACCAUAAACCGAAAAAAAAACAAAAACAUACACAAUUCGGGAAGACAACUUUUUAACUUUUUACUCUAUCUAAAUGUUCUAUUCUAUGAACCAGAUUUAAAAGUAUUUGAACCAAGAAACAAACAAAUUAAAAGGAAACAUUUUCGAUGUAAAAAACUAAUUAAAUUUUGAUCCAACAUCCGCACAUACCAGUACGCAUCCGGUUUUUGUGUUAAUCUCUCUCGAUCAAGAACAUUGCGAUGAAUUUCGAUAAUGAUGGUUGGAAUCAACAUUUUUAGCAAUUGAUUGUAACUAAUUUACUAAUUGAUAUACAUUAACUCAGAUAUAUACAUAUUUAAUUGUAAUAAACAGCAUUUCAAAGGAGUAAAACAAAAAUGUGAAAGAAAAACUAAAA